CGGUUUUGAAACGUCGUCCAUGGUGACGACAGAAGUGUCAAGGCCAAGCCAACGAGCGAUCGAUUGUCCAUGACAAAGCAGGCGGAGGUGUCACCCAUAUUCAAAGGCGGCCCACGGGAGUCGAUUCUCGGGCACUCGCUUGGCGACGCGCAACAUCGCGUAUUGGUAGCAUUGGACGGCGAUCCGUCGUUCUUUCUCAAUGAGACUGGGUUUGAAAUGGCCCGCCAGCAGAAGCUCAAACAUUGCUGCUCGCGGGUGCGGGUGUGGCGCAAGAACGCUGCGAACCCGUUGGUGGCGUUCAAAGUGCAAGCCGACAUGGCCAGCAGCAACAUCACAACGAUGUCGCAGAAAAAGGAGCGCCGGCUGCACGUAGCCGUGCUGUUGAAUGUGAUUAUGGACGCAUACGAACAGUGCAUCUCGCGGUACGAUGAUACGCUGGCCAUCGAGUCGCUUCCAGAGUACGUUGCCAAUACGAUCAUGCAAAAAGCCAACGGCCGAAAGAACGGUGUGGACCAAGUGCAAGCCACGAUAGCAUCCAUGUUGCAUGCAACGACCCAUCCCCGCGUCCGCGCGUUCACCAACCUUUGCGGGCUCCAGACUGACAAUACGUUCAACCCGCCCGAGAAGACUAUCAUGUUCCUGCGGUGCGUCGAGAAGAUCUACCGCGUCAAGCUCAAAGCCGUGGCCGAGUGGUCGGAAAAUGGCGGCACGUCGAUUGCCUCGGUGGUGUUUCACAACAUCGGGCUCGCCCAAGCCGCAGCCAAGGCCGUGGUGCAUGAAUUGUUUAACGAACCCGAUCCGUACUGGACAUUUCAGUACCUCGAGCCCACGUGCGACGAGCUCCACGUACACCCCCAGUGGCCCGCCACGGCCCACACCGAGCUUCUCGAGCAAGUGUCGAAGCAAUCGUCGUCGUCUCGCGGCAUGCGUAAAAUCGACUGCGAUUUGUUCUUGGAAUUGCUAUUGCAAACGUAG